AAAUCCAAUUUGAAUGAGUUUCAAAUUAAUACGGUACAAUUAGUCGUAAACUAAACUCUUGGAGAAUAAGAUGGAAUCUAACGGUUUAUUCAACGGUGCCAUCAGAAUAAAGGAGGAACCUAUUGAGGUGUCGCUUACAGAAAAUAAUGAUUUUGAAACGAUUGACAAGGAACCCAAUAGGAAAAAUGUUCAGUCCUCCAGAUUUCGAGAUAAUUCUACCUGUAAGCUCCAAGAACGGGACAGAUAUUAUGAAUCUGAAUUGAAAGAUCUGGAAAUUGAAUUCGAGUGUAGAGACGAAAAGCCUCACAUAAACUUAUUAGUAGUAAAGGACGAUUAUUCUCAAAAUUACUUGCAAAACAUGAAAAAUAGUGAUGAUUAUAUGACUCAAAACAUCAUUAAAACAGAAUCCGUGGUUGUAAAAAAAGAAUUUUCCGACAUCGAUGAUGAAAAAUUGAAAAAAUUUGUUGAUGAUGGAUUCAGCAAACCAAACAGUACGAAAAAGAAAAUUGAUUUGGCCCACAACGGUGUUACACAUUCGUGUAAUGUAUGUGGAAAAACGUUUGGUUAUAAGACAAGUGUAAAACAUCACAUAGAUACAAUUCAUAAAGGUAUUAACUACGCUUGUGAUGUAUGUGGAUCAAAAUUCAAAAGUAAAAGUUAUCUUAGAAUCCACAUCAAUGCGAUGCAUAAUGGUAAUAUCUAUGCAUGCGAUACGUGCGGCAAGAAUUAUGUAACGAAGGGUAAUCUCCAACUUCACAUUGAUUCAAUGCACAAUGGCAUCACAUUUGCAUGUGAAAUAUGUGGAAUGACUUUCUCAACUAAAGGAAAUCUCCAAUGUCACAUCACAUCGAAGCAUAAAGGCAUCACCCACACAUGUGACAAAUGCGGGAAAAAAAUUGCAAAAAAACACGAUCUAAAAAUCCACAUUGAUGCGGUGCAUAAUGGUAUCAAACUUACAUGUGAAGUAUGUGGAAAAACGUUCUCAACUAAAGGGAAUCUCCAAUUUCACAUCACGACGAAGCAUAAAGGUAUCACCCCCCACGUAUGUGACAAAUGCGGGAAAAAAUUUACACAAAAGUGUCGCCUCAAAAAUCACAUUGAUGUCGUGCAUAAUGGUAUCAAACUUACAUGUGAAGUAUGUGGAAAAACGUUCGCAACUAAAUGGGGUCUCCAAUUACACACCACGUCGAAGCAUAAAGGCAUCACCCACAUAUGUGACAAAUGCGGGAAAAAAUAUACGCAAAAGUCUCGCCUCAAAAAUCACAUUGAUGUCGUGCAUAAUGGUAACAAACUGAAAUGUGAAGUAUGUGGAAAGAAAUUUACACGAAAACAUAAUUUAAGAGCCCACAUGCGUAAUAUGCACGUAAUAUGCAGUCGGUAAAAUGCGACAACAGAACGGCAAUCUGAAAGCUCAGAGUCAUGUUCAGAUUUCGGAAUGAUAAAUA